AUGUGGAGUGAAUGGUCAUCAUAUAUGGAUGCUAUCUGUCAUCGACCAGGUACACAAAUUCGAACAAGAACGUAUGCAGAUAAACGAGCAGCUAUGGCUGCACAUUGUACAGAACAUUUGGAACAACAACAACAAUGUACACUUGAGUAUAUACCAAAAGCAGUUCAUCGACCUCCUUAUCCAUGUUGUGCAUGUGAUGAAGCUAAAUUUCAAUUUACAUUUCAAGGUCUUUGGUCAAAACAAUCAUAUCCAAAAGAUUGGUUACCUGAACAUCUUCAUUGUGUAUCUGUUCUUGAUUUAUGUCUUCCAAAUUGUACAUGGUUAGAUAACUAUGAAGAAUUACAUAAUCCAAUUGAUGCUGGAACAGAUAUAGGCAUUCAAUAUGAUGGUCCUAAACGACCGGAGAAUUCGCGUAAACCAAUUGCACCAAUUGUUUCAAGUAAUAUUACAGAUAAUCGAUCAUCAUUUUAUGGCAAUCAACCACCUCCAUUUGCUAAAUUGAAUAUUAAACGAAUUAUGGUACAAGAUAAUGAUUUAUCAUGUCCAAUGGCUACUUGGAGUGAAUGUUCAGUAACAUGUGGUCGUAAUGGUAUUCGACGUCGUACACGAACAUUAUUAAGUAAUCAUAGAGCCGUUGAUCAACAUCGUUGUCAAUCAUUACCACUUGAAGAAACUCAACCAUGCUAUUUAAACCUUUGUCGUAUGUAG